AUGAAACGGUCGUUCAACACUAUUUCGAAUGGAAGUAGUUCCAUGUGCAAAGGAGAUGAAACACUAGAAGGCCUGGUGGUAGCUGUAACUGAUCUCUCUAAUAACCAAGCUGAAAGGAAAGGCAAAUAUUGGACAGCGUUGAUCUGCGAUUCGAAUCAAAACAUUAAUCGAAUCACGAAAUAUCUGUCGUCAAAAACAAUAUGUUCUCUUCAUGUGAAAAUGCUCCAGUACUUGAAGGAUCAAACUGGAAUCAAAUUGAAUAAAUUGAGAUCUAGUGGAGAUCGCGUGUAUACGACGACGAAUGAAACGACUGCAAUAACGAAACCGGUAGUAUUUACGCCCACAUGUACACGAAUUGUGAGCAUCCGAGAAGUUCAAUCGAUGUCAGAUGGAGACUGUGUCACAUUGACAUGUAACAUCGUCGAUAUCGGUUCGGAUGAUGCGGUUGUCUUCAAUAAUGGUGAGAAACGAGUUCAGAAAUUGAAAAGAACUUUGGUCGUGUCUGGCAAGACUGAUUCUCUCGAAAUGACUCUCUGGCAAAACCAUUUCAGUUCAGUACAGCAAAAUGUGUGCUACACAAUCAAGUUGGCCAAGAUCAAGGUAUUCAACGCUGAAGUAUCCAUAACAACUGGCAUAUAUACAACAUUUGAUCGGAUCGAAGAUAUCGGCGAAACUAAUUGCUCUGAUUCUACUCUAAUCUCACAUGAAUCGACCCUAACGGGUGUAAUCACAUCGAUCGCGUUAUUAGAGAAACAAUGCGCCUGCCCAGCAUGUUAUUCGACGAACGUAGAAUGCUACGAUAAAACGAUCAAAUGCAACAGUUGCAAAUCUAGAUCUUUGAAUGUGGCCAACGGAGUUGAUCGAGAUAGACUGAAAAUUAGUAUUAUGAAUAUCGAUGGAACAGCACUUGAUCUUAAUGUGAAUGCUGAGAAAAUUCGAGUUUUAUUGAAUCAAUCAAAUCACCGAGAACUGUUCGAAGCAGAUUUAAUUGAAAAUGAAGACGUAUUGAUUGCUUUAUCUUCGAUGAACGUUUCCGUUUGUUACAAGACGAAAACUAAACAUAUCAGUACCAUUAAGAUUAUUGACAGAGAUGAAUGA